AUGCAGUACGUCACAAGAGAGGCACCGGAGGAGGCGAGCCACGCGAGGAAGUUCCGGUAUCCGUUCGUCACGGUGGAGCUCCUCACGUGCGCGCCUAACCAGUUCCUCCAGGUGCUUGUGAAGGCAGAGAACAGCCAGGUCAUGGACACCUUGUGGUCGUUUAUGGAGGCGGACCCCCCCGCGGACGUCAACCCCGUGUUGGCUGGCUACUUCUCGCGCGCCGUGGCCGCCGUCCUGUCGAAGCACCCCGCCGAGCUGGCCGGCUACCUCCGCGCGCGGGGGGCCGAGGCCCUGCUCGACAGGUUCAUGGAGCGGCUGCACCUGAGGUCCCUGGCGGAGCUCUUCGCCAUCCUCGCCUGCGCCGAGGCGGAGGCCAACCUCGUGUUCCCCACCGAGGGCCUGGUCAAGCGGCUGCUCACGCAGUUCGCGAAGCCCAGCCCAGGGUGCGAGACACAGGAGCGCGUCACCUGCCUGAUCGACUUCAUGCUGGAGAAGAAGGACGCCAUCUGCUUCGCCGACGACCUCCUCAAGCAGCUCAUAUCCACCGACACCAUCAGCUUCCUCGUCGACCGCGUCUUCAGCAGCGAAUCUGGUGUCGUGAGCGCCGCCUGCAGCACCCUGUCCAGCAUCGUCGACCACUGCUACGUGAAGGACCAGAGCAACGCUUCCUUCCGGGCCAGCACCCCGCUCAUGUCCCCGGUCGCGCCGCCUCCGCCGCCGCCCGACCUCGGCGACGAGGGCGUCGUGAACGUGGGCGACGACCUCGUCAACGAGGCGGCCCCCCGCUCCCCGGGCUCGGCCUCCCCGAGCAGCGUGGGCAAGCUGGGCACGCCGUCGCAGACGUACCUGGAGGCCAUGGAGGGCGAUCUGAUGGGCGAGAUCUGCCGGCAUUUUCCUAGAAUUUGCGAGCUGUUGGACGCGGCCAUCGAGCGGCGCGCCACCCAGGCCAUGCCGAUCGGCACCGUGCCAGCGGCAGGCAACACGUGCAUCGUUGUCGUCAACCUUCUCGUGAUGUUAGCAAGGACGGGAAGUGCCACCGUCCUGGACGCCCUGUCCAAACAUGACCUCAUCCCGAGGUGCUUCGAGCUGUUCUUCCGACACCCCUGGAACAACCUGCUGCACAACGCGGUCCUCGAGCUGGUCACCAAGGUCCUGUCGGGCGUCUCGGAUGCCGUGCGCCCCACGCUGCUGGUGCACCUGCUCCGCGAGCGCGGGCUCUUGGAGCGCCUGGUCGCCGAGAUGCAGGCCGAGAAAGAGCACGGCCCGCCGGGCUCCGCGAGGCACGCCCGGGUCGGCUACAUGGGCCACCUGCACAUGCUGUGCCGCAAGCUCCUGGACUACCUGGUCCGCCACACCUCCCUCAACUCGGUCUUCAGCGAGGUCAGCGGCUGGACGGACACCAUCAUUCCAGCCAUGCACGAGCACAGUGCGAUCGUGAUCGCGGAGCUAGGAGCCCACGAGAGCGGCAUCCGCUGCUUCGUAUCCCUCAGGGGCGCUCGUGGCCGCGGCAAGGCGCAGUUCGAAGCCAUGGCCAGGAUGGGCCCCGCGGGAGGCCCCGCGGGCGGCUCCCAGGCCGCCGAGGCGCGGAGAGGCCUCGGCCUCGAGGAGGAGGAGGUCGCGGAGAUCACGCGGCUGAUCCGCGCACAGAUGGCCAUCUUCGCCCGCAGUUUGAGCGGCGUGCAGCAGCAGGUGGCCGAGAUGGCGACCGCGCUGUCUGGAAGGACGGAGGAGCUCAGAGACCUGAUCAGGCAGGAGCUCCGCAGCCAGCGCGCGGGCCUCGCCGACCCGCGGCUUGCGGCGGCGCAGGACGCCCAGGCCGCGCUGGUCCCGCGCGUGCAGGAGCUUGAGCAGGCCUUCGCGCAGCAUGCGGACGCGCUGGCAGCCACUGAGCGCCGGCUGGAGAGGCGAUGCAGCGACAUCGACCAGCAGCUGCAGCGCAGCAGCCCGGCGCUCGCCAGAGACGGCGCGCCGCCGCUGGGGCCCUGCGGUUCCCCGGCGCCGUGCUUCGGGUGGUCUCCGGCGGAGCAGCCCGCGGCGGACGAGAGGUCCGCCAUCCGCGCCCAUUACACCUCCAUACGCGACUCCCUGGAGUUCAUCCGGCGGACGAUGGGAGACGCGCCCGCCAGGCUCUCCGGCGAGCUGGACAGCGCCCGCGACAUGCUGGAGGCGGGCCUCGGCCAGCGGGACGCCCGGGGCGGCGGCCAGGGCGACCUCGAGGCAGCCGAGAGGCUCUCGCGGCUCCAGGCGAUGAUAGCCGAGCAGUUCGAGGGGCUGGCGGACAAAAUGGCGCUACCUCGGCGACUGGAGCGGGUCGAGCACAGCCUGUCCACGGUCGGCAUGGAGCAGAGGGGCAUCAAGGAAACGACGCGAUGCAAGGGCGAUCGAGUCCCUGGCGGAGAAGAUGGCUUGCGAGCUGGAGAUGGUGAAGGGCCAGCUGAGAGGCUGACGGUGGCGAGGCCGCGCCUGGCAGGCCGUGCGUGCCAUGAGCCGGGCGGGCUGGGCGAUGUCCGCACAUCGCGCGGUGUCCUCCCACCCUUGAGUCGGGCCCGUCCCUCUACAGACGGCCUCCUCCUCCUCGCUGCCCCUCCCUCGCUCGCCGCCGAUGGUCCUCGUGCCCGCCACGCCUCUCCUGCUUAA